AUGAUUAAAAGUAUAAUUGCAAACAGCCUUGCGAAGCAUGGGCCACCAUCAGUGAUAGAAAACUUGGAUUGCAGCCAGUUUACUUCUUGCGGUGCUUGCAUUGCACAAGAAGGCUGUGGAUUUUGUGGAAACAUAAAUAGCUGUGUCAGUGGUGGAUGGUUUGGAGCAUUGGAUAAAUCAAAUUGUGGAUUAAAUGACUAUUACUUUCAUCAGUGCCAUAUGUCAACAUUACCACUGGGGAUUAUAUCCAUCGUAUUGAUAUCAAUCAUUGUUAUAGCAGCACUAAUUGGAUUGUCAGUUUUGUGUUGCUGUUUCUGUUGCAAAUGCUGCCAAGGAGAGGAGGCCGAGGAUGAGGAUGAGGAUAGACCGCUGUUGGGGUCCAAAUAUCUGAGACGAUCAUCGACCUACUAUCAGUGGAACAGACAGCCAGUUGUCGCCAAUAAAGCAGAGGACACAAAAAAUACCAACAAGCUCAUAUCACAAUCAUCAUCAUCUAGGCCAGUGGAUCAAGUGGGAGAUGCAGCAUCGCCUAAUUCGUCUACAAUAGCAGAGAAUUGGGAAGAUCGACGUACGGCGUUACUAAAGAAAUACGGACGGGAGCCUAGCUCAACAGACGAGUAG